AUGGAGGGAGGACCAUUGGAGAGAAAUCAUUUAGAGAAGUUGAUGUGGGACGUUUUGCAGAAACAUGGUAUGGAUCAUAAGAAGCUGUCUGUUUUUAAACCGGAAGAAGCUCCACUUAUUGCACAGCAGGUUUGCGAGAGUUUGGGCUUGAUCUGUGAGAGUCUACAUGAGGAAGUUAUUUUAGGCUGGUUGCAGUCCACUUCACAGUCGGAGCCUUUUUGCAAGCGUUUGCGUGGUGAGCAUUCACAGGAUCCAUUGCUGGUAGGAAGUCACAUGCAGUCCAAGUAUAAUUCAAUUCGUUCUUCUGCAGGUUCGACUGGUUUGACAGGAACUCUGACAGUUGACCAGCGUUGGACUCCGCUGAGUGCAAGGCAGAGGUGCAAGGUGGAACAGUCGACAGCAAAGAAAGAUCAUGAAGAAUCCCACAAAGAUAGAUGGUCCAAAGAGUUGUACAAAGAGCUUUUGCGUGUUGAUGCACCCAUCCUGAAGGGCAUGGAGGUAUGUGUCAACCAGGAGCGCUUACAUGUGGCCAUAGCUGGUAAGACGAGAUCUAGUACACUCAAGAGGUACAUCAAGGCAUGGAGGGAUUGGCAGUCUUGGAAGAACCUUACAUGGGGAGAGGAAGCUUAUGUCCAUCCUGGCAUGUUUUGUGAGUACCUCUUCAGUCGUUUUGAUGAACCCUGUGGUGCAACAGUCCCCAUUUUCAUCUGCAAGGCUGUGUCAUGGUUUGAGAAGACAGCAGGUUUUGGAGAGGCAUCCAUCGUUUCAACAUCAAGAGCAGUUUGUCAGAUCCGUGAUUAUAUCACAGAGAAACUUGCUGCAGAUACACCCCCUGUCAGAAGGGCUCCAAGGUAUCCUGCAGUUGCGGUCGAAUCCCUAGAGGCUUUGGUGCUGGAUACAGAAAGAACAGUAUGUUUGAGGAUCAUGGCAUGGGUCAAGCUGCUUAAGAUUUGGGGAGCUUUGCGUUUUGAUGAUAUGCAGAAGAUAAAGCCAGCAGACUUGCAACUCACAGGGGGCAGGCUGACAACGACGCUAAGGGUCACCAAGACUUCAGGUCCUGGGAAGAGAGUACAGGAACUUCCAGUUUGCAUUUCGGAGAAAGCAUAUGUUUGGGAUGUUGCUUGGAUUGAAACUGGUUUUCGACUUCUCAAACAGCAUGCAAACUUUGAGCGUGAUUAUUUGCUUCCGAAGUUCAUGGAGAACUGGGCAGGUUUUCAGAUGAAGUAUGCAACAUAUCAGGACGUCUCUUCAUAUGCAUGUCAUUUGAGAAAGAUUCUGCCGAGUUAUUAUGACUUCAAUGCAAUUUUUCCGGAAGAACUUGCAUCUUUCUGGACAGAGCACAGCGAGAGAGCGACGAUGCCGACAGCGUUGGCAAUGCUUGGAGUUGAGACCUCAAAGAGGGAUUUGGUUGGUAGGUGGAAGCCGGAAGCAAGUGAUACCUAUAUCAGAUCUUACAAUGGACUGGUAGCUCAACUUCAGGGGCUGUAUGGCAAAGCCAUGAGAAAACCUGAUAGAUUCCGUCUCUUGGAUGAAAUUGACGUGGCAGAGAGUGCAGAUGCGUGGUUGAGAAAUAGGAAGACGGAGAUAGUAGAUGCAGAGAGGGCAGAGCUGGUUUCACAGCUUAUGGCGUCCAUGGAUUCCUUUGCAAUCCAUGAUGAAGUGGAAGUGCCUUUAGGAGAACAGGGCGAUACAGAACAGACAGAGGUGCUGGAGGAACCGUUGGACGAUGGUGCAACGGAUGAUAGAAAGACAAGCAGGACCAAGGGGUUCAUAGUAGUUACAACUGGAAAGAACUGCAAGAGACUUCACAAAGCGAGUGGUGGCUGCUGGAUGGCGAGGGAGAGAAUUUUCAAACAGUCAGUGGAAUUUGAAGAGCGCCCAACAGAUACCGAGUUCACGCAUGCUCCUCUUCAAGUUCGAGUGAUUCCAGCAGCUGAGUUCAAGAGCGUGGAGAAGGGCAGACGAUCGGAGGGCAUAGUCCUUCUGAUUCUGGAACUCGGGGCCCUUGGAGAUGCGUUGAAGCUUGGAAGUUCAGAUCUACGUUUUACACUGAGUCGCAACGAUGUUCCAGAUGAAGUUCAAGCGCAUUUCUUUGAGAAUGGCGUUACAAAUGUGAACAAGUUUUCAUCCUUUUUCCGCAGUGAAGAAGAUCUGAUACAGGUCUUGAGAGAUGAUUUCAACAUUGAUGCAAAUGCUUCCUUGGCAGAUAGGGCGCAGGUGGCCUCAGUCAUUUGCAGCUGGAAGGAGACAAUCACGAAGGCGAAGCGGCAGGCGGAAGUGGAGGCAGAGAUGGAUUCACGUGAGUGGACAAAGCCGAUCCCUGUUGGUGACUAUGUGCAGCUUAGAAUUUUUUUCCAGAAGACGAUUGGACAUAUUGAGGACAGAGUGACUCCAGCAAAGGAGUAUUUGGAGAAGAAGUUGCAAGAGUUAGAGAAUGGAGAGUUCAGAGCAGAGACCUUAGCAGAGGUAGUCUCCAAAGAUGAAAUUGACCCCGAUGUCUUGGUUCCCAUUUUCGAUAGCAAAGGAAGUCUUUCUGUGAAAAAGGGCAGCUCUCAAGUGCCAAUGCCAACUGGACCAGAACAGCUACGUCGACGCCUCAGCGUGAUGCAGAACUGCCUGAUGAUGUUGGCACUCAAACAUGUUAAUCGUGAAGAGAUCCAGGAUGUUAGCAAGGAUGUUUUUGACAAGUACAAAGACUAUUUGCUUGGUGAUUACGUUUGGGGCUUGAGUUCAACAGACUUACAGGGUCAACAGAUCCAGACGCCGCCUUGGAGUUUGGUCUUGGCCUAUGAGCAAUCAAUUCGAAAAAGGGCAUACAACCUCAUGACCACGGAGAAGUUGAUGCUGGGUGCUGCUUUGGAGAAGGUACAAGUGGACAUGGUGGACAUCAAGGAUUUGGGAGCAGUACAAGCGGGCCACUAUAGGGGGCAAAGACCGGCGAGCAUGUGGCAGUGGCCAGCAGUGCAAGAACUCUUGGAUUCAGGGAAAUUUCAGACUUGUGCGUUUUACCAAUCGGAUUUUGGCACUGCAUAUUUGAAGCCAACACGUUUGUUUCUGAAGGAUUUCGAGAUGGAGAAGGACACCAUGGCGCCAGGUGAAGCAGGCUGCAACUUGGUACAAAAUCAGGAACUCAAAGAUGGACUGGUGGACCUGUGGAGGAACAUGCUGCAACAGGAAGGUUACAACACUGCUGGUCUUGCAGAUAUAGCCGAGGGACAGCCCUUUCGCUUGAGGUUAAUGGAAGCGCUUUUGGACAGAGCUGGAGAUCCAGAUCAUAGAUUCUUGCUUCAAGGUGAGAAGGGGUAUCCUGUAGGAGUCCUACAGCCUUUACCCCGUACACCACACAUGUACGAGGAGCAGACGUCUUGGAAGUUGGAGGAUGACCCAUACAUGAGGUCAGAGAUUUGGAGAGACAACUACGAAUCUGUUGGGGAUCAUGAGAUUUUUGUUCGAGAGCACUUUGCGGAAGAAUGCAAAGAGGGCCUCAUGGAAAGGUUGACGCUGGAGCAGGCGAAAGAACGCUUUGGUGACAAAGUGGCGGUCUGCGUGGAUGGAGACUUGGACAAGAAAGAUGGCAGUCUUGGGAAGGGCUACAUCAAAAGAGAUGGAGCAAGGACCUCUUUACGCUUGGACAUCAGCUGUCAGAAACAAAAGAGGAAUCUUGCGGAUACCGGCAAUGCUACGCACUAUUCUUUGGACGGUAGCAUAAUUGAGUGGUUCUCUGAGGAGGUGCUUGAAAGUUGGGCACCAUGGCUUUUCAUCCGAAAGGAUCCGAAGAGGGUCAUAGCAUCUUUAGAGUUGUUAGCAACUUUGGUGGCAACGCGCUUGUGGGCUAAAGGAUUGAGAAAGGGUGCCAGGGGUACCUGGUGGAUCAAGGCAGGCACGGACAAUCUCUCUAACUCCUACGCAGUUAGCAAGUGGAUGAGCACGAAGUAUCCUUUAACAAUUCUAAUAAUGGAGUUGUCGGAAACCUUGAGAACCAGGGGAUGUGAACUUCACUUGGAAUGGAUUCCGAGAGAGCGGAAUCAGCUUGCAGAUGACUUGACAAAUCAGGACUUCAAACACUUUUCCCUUGAUAGCCGGGAUAGCCGUGUUCAGUUUGUCGGAGGAGACACUCGGUGGCUAGUGUUGGAUGGGCUAAUGGCCAAAGCACAGGAGUUUCACAUGGAACUGGCGGAGGAAAGAAAACGUAAAGUGACAGAUCCGAAGCCGGUCAAAAACAAGAAACGGAAGAAGCUUGAUCCCUGGUGA